UAAUUUAUAAAUGGGUUCAAAAGGAGAUGAAGAUUUAUUAGAGGCGUCAUCAGGAGUACAUUAUUCUGGAUUCCAUUUAGAAGAGUCACAUACUUCAGAGAUUGAUCAACCAACUUCUACAGAUGGAAGUGUUAAGCAACCUUUUGUCAUAGUGACUUUGUAUCUCAUCUUAGAGGAGUUAGUUCAGCAUUUACUGGAAGCAUAUGUCAUGGCUUUGUUUCUCCCAAUUUGUUGUCUGACGCUCGGUCAAAAUACAAUUUGUUGCUUUGGUAUGAGGAGACCUCUAGGAAUUAUGGCCAAAUAUGGGAAUAGUUCAUGUAACAUGGCCACAAUUGUGAAACUUAAUCUUUGAAUUGACGGAACUUUGAUUCUAUUCAAGGCCAUAAAUGCCAAUUCUUUGCAUCUAUCAUGAUUGGUAUCUGUUUGAAUCAUUCCAUCUUCUAUAGUGUUUUUGAAAAAUAGCUAGAUGCUUGACAUGAGGAUUAAGUAUAUACAGUACCUCAGGAUGAUAAAUGGUAUGAUUUGGUUGGUAUCUUUAGUUCUCUUUGGUUGAUGUUCAGAUAAUUUGGUUUGUGCUAUUAUUUCUAAGGUUAUUUUUUAAUUCUUUGAUCUAUCUCCUCUUUUGUUUUUGCAUUUUUGGAUGGGAUGCAAGUAGGUCUACGACCCCCAAACUGGGUUAUGAUAUUUCAUAUUUUAGACCUG